AUGACAUCGUCUGUCUGUAUUUUUCCGCCAUCGCAGCGUUGUGUUUUGAGUCAUCAUCAAAAACCGUCCACGUCUGUCUCUUCGCGGAUAUCUUUUCCCCGUCGUCCUCAUCGUCGUCGUCGUCGGAAACAAAACGCCUCGUCGAAGAACAGCGAGAGCAACAACGCUCGAGAAGAAGAAGAAGACAAGGAAGAAGAAAACGUGCAACAAAUAGACAUCCGCGACGAGGCUUCGCUGGCGAAAAUCGGUCUGAAAUGGAACGACGAUUACACGGAGCUUUUGGACGUGAAAACAGGGAAACCUUUAGACGAUUUUGAGGAGAUGCAAAAAAAGCAACAAGAGGCGACGCGGUUCGACAUCGCGGUUCGAGCCAUGCGAGGAGAGUUUACGAAAGCGAAAGGGAAGACGGAAGGGGAAGUGUACGGAGAAAUUAUGGACACGUUGACGAACUACCCGGUCGUGUACACGUUUCAAGCGUCGGCGAAGGUGAGCGAAGAACACGACGUGUUGCGACUCAGGCGACAAAUCAAAGAGACGGUGGAAACGAGGUGUAAACGAGAAGCGAUAGAGGUGGAGAUUAAACCGAGAGGAAAGAAGUUUCACUCUUUUUGGGUGAAGAUUAGCGUUUCGGAUAGCUGCGAAGUGAGCGAGUGCAUAGAUUUAUUGAAGAAUUUGCACGAAGUUGUGACCUGUUGUUAA